AGCAACAAGUGGAGGAAAACAAUCACUGCUACAGAUGACACUCCGUUACAAUGAUACAUUAUUAUUAUUAAUUAUGAAUUAAGUCUCGGAAAACAUAUACAUUAGACAAACACUUGCGUUUACAUUCCUCAGAAGUUAAAAACAGAAGAAGCGGAUCCCAAUAUACUGAAUGUGAAUGAGUUCUGCUAACCGGAGCAACAUGAGUGACGAGGACUAUUUUGGGAUUCUGGACUCUGAGUUUGAUCAUUAUCUGGUGGACAUGAAGCCAUUUGUACUUAAAUUGCCUCACAAGACAGAGCGUCAGCGGUGUGCGCUGUGGAUCAAAAAGCUGUGUGAUCCUGUGAGCUGUGGCUCUGGACUGACUGGAAGGAAGAAUCGUAACCUGUACGCCCGUCUCCUCCUGCACAUGCUCAGCAAAGGAGUUUUAGAGGGUCCCUUUAACCACAAACCUGACACAGGCAGCCUCAAGACUCUACCCACAUACAUGUCCAUAUAUUUCGAUGAGCCGUUGACAAGGUCACAGGGUCAGAGAUCUGCAGCAAUGCCAGACUGGGUGUCUGGUGAGUUAGAGCCGACUGAAAGCACAUGGUCUGAUUUGCCCAUCUCAAACACACACAGGAAGCAGAGAUUGUUCAGCAAUGCAUCACCCUCCAGACCCCUGUCCUCAAGUCCCAUCAAACACACUCUGAAGGAUGAUGUCAAGAUGGCGGAGGCUCACAGGAGACCCACCAUCUCCUCUGAUGAUAGUGACUUUGAGGCUCGCUUCAACAGCUGGAACCUGGGGAUAGAAAACCCCAGAUAUCUGCGUGAGAACCCCAUCCCGCUGUCCCCGAUUUACAAGUCAACUCUUGGAAAAAGCAGCACUGUUUUAAGUGAAGCCACCCCAGUGAAGGCUGAUAAGGAGGUUGAGUUGAGGACUAAAGUCUUAGAGGCCAAACACCAGGAGGACACCCUGAGGAUGCAGCAGAAACAUGAUGCAGAGAUACAGAAGAUUUUGGACCGCAAGAAUGGUGAGAUUGACGAACUAAAGAGCCUGUAUCGUGGGAAGCAGAAGGAGGCGGAGGAGACGAUUCGGCGACUUGAGAAGCGAGUUCAAAGCCUGCUGCGAGAGUCCCAGGUCAUCCGACAGACCAAAGAGAAACAGAUCAGCGAGCUGAAGAAAAUGUCUGAUCAAAGUGCUGAAUCUUUGAAAAACGAAUGGGAGAAGAAGCUGCAUGCGGCAGUGGCGCAUAUGGAGCAGGAGAAGUCUGAGCUGCAGAAGAAGCACACGGAGAACAUCCAGGAGCUGCUGGAGGACACCAAUCAGCGCCUCGCCAAGAUGGAGGCAGAGUACAGCGGCCAGAUGCAGGCUACUGAGCAUAUUGUCCGUGAGCUGGAGACUCGGGUGAAGCAGCUCUCGGUGGAAGUGGAGAGUGGGAACCUGCUCCGGCAGAAGGUCACCCAGGAGAAGGCAGAGCUGGAGCUUCAUAUCGCCUCCAUCAGCGCUGAGCUACAAGAGGCCAUCCAGAGGAGCACGUCUCUGCAGAAGGAGAUGGACCAGAUGAGAGUGCAAUAUGAAGAAGCGCUGCAGAAACUUCAGGCCAGGCACAACGCUGACAUGAGCCACUUCCAGCAGGAGCACAAAGUCUCUGCAGCCAAGGCAUCAGAGGUGAUUCAGGAUUUAGAACAGACCGUGAUUCACCUCAAACAGCAGAUACAGGAAGCUGAAAACAGGAGACAUAGACAGCUCCGGGACCAAGAAAAUAAGUGGCAGCAAGAGAUAACAGACAUGCAAAACAGCACUGAAAAAAAGCUGCAGACGCUUCAGGCUGAGCUGGAGAAGGAGCGAGCCGACCGCAAGAGGAAGAUUAGUAAAAUGGAGGACUCACUCAGGGAUAAAGAGGAGCAGCUGGUUCGUGUUCGGGACAGUCAGAGACAUCAGGCGCAGCAGGCUGAGAGCGCACUGGAGAACUUCAAGAAGCAGGUGGAAAUCAGUUCAGAGAAGACCUACGCUGACAUGAAGCAGCAGAUGGAGAAAGUAGAGGCUGAUCUGAUUCGCUCUAAAUCUCUUCGAGAAAAGCAGUGUAAGGAGUUCAGUCACCAGCUGGAGGAGCUCCAGCAGAAAUACGAGCAGCAGAUUGUGGAACUGAAACUGCAGCAUGAACAGGAGCGGACGCACCUUCUCCAGACACACAAUGCCGAGAAGGACAGCCUGGUCCAGGACCACCAGCGGGAAAUCGAUAGUUUGGACAAGCAGACGAGGGCCGCCAUGGUCCAGCAGCAAACGCAAACCCAGGAGUGGAGGAAGCGCGACGCUCAGACCAUCUCUGAUCUGGAGGCCCAGGUUCAUUCUCUGAGGAAGGAGGUUUUGGCGGCCCACAGUCAGAGGAAACAGCAGCUGUUGGAGUUGGGUGUUCUGCGGGAGGAGGAACGACAGCGGUCUGCUCAAGAUCAACAAGCCGCCCUGGACCGCCUGCGUGCUGAGAUGGAGCAGGUGCGGCAAGACCUGGAGAAAACCCACAAAGCCGAACGAGAGCUGGCCCAGGAGAAGACCAGCAGCAGGAUCAAGCAUCUCGAGAAGGAGUAUCAGCAGAAGAUGGCCAAAUCUGCACAGGUAAUAUCUGAGCUGCAGGCAUCCCUGAGCAGCGUCAAAGAAGACAGCCGGCAGACGCAGCAGAGUCUGGAGAGAAAACUACAGGCGGCACAGAGCUACUGGGAUGAGGAAAAGACACAACUCAACAGAGAUGCCGACCAAAGCAAUAAGGUUCUUCAUGAACGUGUGGAGACUCUACAGAAGCAACUGAAUGCUGUUGAGAAGAAGCUGAUGAACCGCGAGCUGGAAUACCAGGAGCAGAUCACACAUGUUCGUCAGGAGUGUGACCAGAAGAUCAAAGGCCUGAUGCCUGCAGAGCUGCAGCAGGAGCUGGAGGACACCAUCACCUCGCUCAAGUCCCAGGUCAGUUUCCUGCAGAAGAGAGCGUCCGUCUUACAGGAGCAGCUGGAUGCUGGACACAUCAGGAGGUGA